CUCUCCCUCACUCACUGCUGUGGGAGGAGCCCUGCUGGAGGAAGCUGUAUGACUGGGAUGCUGAGCGGCUGAGAAUGGAUCUGCAAGGAGUGUGUACGUUACUGAGGAUCCAGGUUUCCAGAGGCGGCUGAAAAAGGCGACUCGACUUCAGCUGGCUGCAAGAAUAUAGAGACAGACUAAGACAGGUGGACAGGCGGACAGAUGAUCUCGGAGCUCGGGAGAGGACACGCAGCAGAGACAGAGGAGACUAGAGAGCCCGUGAAGAAGAGAAACUAACUGCAAACCUAAGUUCCUCCUCCGGCUUUCAUCUCGGUUCCCUCUAAGGAAUGAAACCUUUCCAGCUUGAUCUGCUCUUCGUCUGCUUCUUCCUUUUCAGCCAAGAACUUGGGUUCCAGAAGAGAGGAUGCUGUCUGGUACUGGGGUACAUGUCCAAGGAAAAGUUCCGGAGGAUGAAUGAAGGUCAAGUAUACUCCUUCAGCCAGCAGCCCCAAGACCAAGUGGUGGUGUCAGGACAGCCAGUGACACUGCUCUGUGCCAUCCCAGAAUAUGAUGGCUUUGUCCUCUGGAUCAAAGAUGGCCUGGCAUUGGGUGUAGGCCGGGAUCUCUCACGUUACCCUCAGUACCUAGUGGUAGGAAACCACUUGUCUGGGGAGCAUCAUCUGAAGAUUCUUCGGGCAGAGCUGCAAGAUGAUGCUGUAUAUGAAUGCCAGGCCAUCCAGGCAGCCAUCCGGUCACGCCCAGCCCGCCUCACUGUUCUUGUGCCUCCUGAUGAUCCUGUCAUCCUAGGAGGACCAGUCAUCAGUCUUCGUGCAGGAGACCCCCUCAACCUUACCUGCCAUGCUGACAAUGCCAAGCCAGCUGCCUCCAUUAUCUGGAUGAGGAAAGGAGAGGUCAUGAACGGGGCCACCUACUCCAAGACCCUGCUUCGGGAUGGGAAGCGGGAGAGCAUUGUGAGCACCCUUUUCGUCUCACCCGCUGAUGUGGAAAAUGGACAGCGCAUUGUGUGCCGAGCCACCAACAAAGCCAUCCCUGGGGGGAAGGAGACCUCAGUCACUAUCGACAUCCAGCAUCCACCCCUUGUCAAUCUGUCUGUGGAGCCUCAGCCAGUGCUAGAAAAUAAUGAUGUCAAAUUCCACUGCUCUGCAAAGGCCAACCCAGCAGUCACCCAGUACAGGUGGGCCAAGAAGGGCCAAGUGAUCAAGGAAGGAUCUGAGGAUUCCUAUGAGACCACUGUGGACCACACAUUCUUCUUCGAGCCAGUCUCCUGUGAAGUUACCAAUGCACUGGGCAGCACCAACAUCAGUCGCACAGUGGAUGUCUACUUUGGCCCUCGAAUGACUUCUGAGCCUCAGUCGCUGCUGGUGGACCUGGGCUCCGAUGCUGUCUUCAACUGUGCCUGGACAGGGAACCCAUCACUAACCAUCGUGUGGAUGAAACGUGGCUCUGGGGUGGUCUUGAGCAAUGAAAACACUUUGACUCUAAAAACUGUCCGGCAAGAGGACGCUGGCAAAUACGUGUGCCGAGCUGUUGUUCCUCGAGUUGGGGCUGGGGAGAGAGAGGUGUCAUUAACUGUCAACGGGCCCCCCAUCAUCUCUAGCACCCAGACCCAGCAUGCCUUGCAUGGCGAGAAAGGGCAAAUCAAGUGUUUUAUCCGGAGCACCCCUCCUCCGGAUCGAAUUGCAUGGUCCUGGAAGGAGAAUGUCCUUGAGUCCGGGACCUCAGGGCGUUACACAGUUGAGACUGUCAACACCGAAGAGGGUGUCAUCUCCACACUGACCAUCAGCAACAUCGUUCGGGCUGACUUUCAGACCAUCUACAACUGCACGGCCUGGAAUAGCUUUGGCUCUGACACAGAGAUAAUACGACUCAAGGAGCAAGGUACGGAAAUGAAGUCGGAAGCUGGGCUGGAAGCAGAGUCCGUGCCAAUGUCUGUCAUCAUUGGGGUAGCGGUGGGAGCCGGUGUGGCCUUUCUUGUCCUCAUGGCGACCAUUGUGGCCUUCUGCUGUGCCCGUUCCCAGAGAAAUCUGAAAGGUGUUGUAUCGGCAAAGAAUGACAUCCGAGUGGAGAUCGUCCACAAGGAGCCCGCCUCUGGGAGAGAUGCUGAGGAGCACCCCACCAUCAAGCAGCUGAUGAUGGAUAGAGGAGAAUUCCAGCAGGACUCAGUUCUGAAGCAGCUGGAGGUGCUCAAGGAGGAGGAGAAGGAAUUUCAGAACCUAAAGGACCCCACCAAUGGUUACUACAGUGUCAACACGUUCAAGGAGCACCACUCUACCCCCACCAUCUCCCUCUCCAGCUGCCAGCCUGACCUACGCCCUGCCGGAAAACAACGAGUGCCCACAGGCAUGUCCUUCACCAACAUCUACAGCACCCUGAGUGGCCAGAGUCGACUCUAUGACUACGGGCAGAGAUUUGUGCUGGGCAUGGGCAGUUCAUCCAUUGAGCUGUGUGAGCGUGAAUUCCAGAGAGGAUCACUCAGUGACAGCAGCUCCUUCCUGGACACGCAGUGUGACAGCAGCAUCAGCAGCAGUGGCAAGCAGGAUGGCUAUGUGCAGUUUGACAAGGCCAGCAAGGCCUCUGCCUCUUCUUCCCACCACUCCCAGUCCUCCUCCCAGAACUCGGACCCCAGCCGACCUCUGCAGCGGAGGAUGCAGACUCAUGUCUGAAGGACCCAGACCCAUGGGAAAGGGAUUGGGGAGGGAGAAUAGGGCACCCUGAUGUCCAAGGGGACUGUGGGUACCAUGGAGGGGACCCCAGGACUAGCUGAUCCCUAGGACAGCAUCAUCCCCCCACCACUAUCCCACUUCAAAGCUCUGAUCAAGCACAAAUCUCUCUCCCUGACCAUGGCAUGGGAAAUAAUGGACAAAGAGGAUAGCUGGAGGCAUAGAGCCCAAUGCUGGACAACCUCCUGCCCCCAGCCCAUUUCCUAAUGACCCCAGCUCUGCUGCCUUCCCUUCCCAUAGGUACUGGUAGCAGCUACCACUUUGCUUUAAUGAAACUGUUGUCCACUCUUGGGGCUCUAUCCCCCAGGUACCCAUAUUUCCCCAUUCUUUGUUCCUGUACUCCUCUGCAGUCUUGGGGAAAUCAGGAAUCUCUUCCUAACACUGUCACCCCAGGCACUCCAUAUCUUUUCCUGCUGUUCAUAGCUACUACUUUGGAGACUGGGAAGUCAAUAGUAGUCCUGAGUGGGAUGCACCCCCUCAACCAAUUUGGUAGGGACCCCCCACUUCUGUUUGGUGUUUUGUGGCCAUAUUAUUGCAAUUCCGUCUUUGGACUCAACAUCCCUGGAUUCUGAGGCAGGGGCUGACCCACUUGGAGGCUGAUGGUACUGAGAGGGAGGAAGAUGAGGGAAGAUUUCUACACUGAAAGUAGCCCCUGCCAAAAUCCACCCCUCCUUCUGUAACACAGAACCUCUCUGUGCUCCCCAUUGCUUUGUGUACCCCCAUAGCACAACUGGAGUUAAUAUAAGAGGUGUGAGAGCUUC